AGUGGUGUGGGUAGAUCUUGAAUUGAAACGAGCUCAAUUCGCGUAUUUAAACCCUCCCCGCUCUCUCAUUCUUCCUUGUCCAUUUCAACUCUCUCUCUCCCCCUCUCUCUCUCUCUCUCUCUCUGCGUCCCCCGAUCGAUCCAGCGAUCUUCCAUUUCCCGGACGCAGAAGCAGCUCUCCUUGUCGGAAGGUUCUAAAGUAGUGCGGAGAGAUGGUGAAGAUCUGCUGCAUUGGUGCUGGCUAUGUCGGUGGGCCUACUAUGGCCGUAAUUGCUCUCAAAUGCCCAUCAAUAGAAGUUGCGGUCGUUGAUAUUUCUGUCUCUCGUAUACAAGCCUGGAACAGCGACCAGCUCCCGAUUUAUGAACCAGGCCUUGAUGCGGUGGUGAAGCAGUGCCGAGGGAAGAACCUCUUCUUCAGCACUGAUGUGGAGAAACAUGUGUCUGAGGCUGACAUUGUCUUUGUGUCUGUCAACACCCCAACCAAGACUCGAGGUCUGGGUGCCGGCAAAGCUGCAGAUCUGACCUAUUGGGAAAGUGCAGCCCGUAUGAUUGCUGAUGUCUCAAAAUCUGAUAAAAUUGUUGUGGAGAAAUCAACCGUCCCAGUUAAGACAGCCGAGGCGAUAGAGAAGAUUCUGACCCAUAACAGCAAGGGAAUCAAAUUCCAGAUUCUGUCGAACCCAGAAUUCCUUGCUGAGGGGACGGCAAUCGAAGACUUGUUUACUCCAGAUCGUGUCCUUAUUGGUGGCAGGGAAACUCCAGAAGGCCAGAAAGCCAUCCAAGCCUUGAAGGACGUCUAUUCUCAUUGGGUUCCCGAAGACCGCAUCUUAACGACCAACCUUUGGUCUGCAGAGCUCUCUAAAUUGGCUGCAAAUGCUUUCUUGGCCCAACGGAUCUCUUCUGUGAAUGCCAUGUCCUCACUUUGCGAGGCGACUGGGGCAGAUGUUACUCAAGUGGCUUAUGCUGUGGGUAAGGACUCGAGAAUUGGUCCCAAGUUCCUUAAUGCUAGUGUUGGCUUUGGUGGAUCCUGCUUCCAAAAGGAUAUUCUCAACCUGGUGUACAUCUGUGAGUGCAAUGGCCUUCCUGAAGUGGCUGAGUACUGGAAACAAGUGAUUAAGAUCAACGACUACCAGAAGGCCCGCUUCGUGAACCGUGUGGUUUCCUCCAUGUUUAACACCGUUUCAAACAAGAAGAUUGCCAUUCUUGGAUUUGCCUUCAAGAAAGAUACUGGGGACACGCGCGAGACCCCCGCAAUUGACGUCUGCAAGGGUCUCUUGGGAGACAAGGCCAGGCUAAGCAUUUAUGAUCCUCAAGUCACUGAGGAGCAGAUCCAGAGGGACCUUACCAUGAACAAGUUUGAUUGGGACCACCCAGUCCACCUUCAGCCCAUGAGUCCCACCACUGUGAAGCAGGUUUCCGUAGUCUGGGAUGCCUACAGUGCUGUCAAGGAUGCCCACGCCCUCUGCAUCCUCACUGAGUGGGAUGAGUUCAAGACUCUUGAUUACCAGCAGAUAUACGACAACAUGCAGAAGCCGGCUUUCGUCUUUGAUGGCAGGAAUGUCGCCAAUGUUGAUAAGCUGCGUGAGAUUGGAUUCAUUGUCUACUCCAUCGGCAAGCCGCUGGAUCCCUGGCUUAAGGACAUGCCCUCCGUGGCAUAAUGGAGAUGCACCUGAUAUCGGCUUUUGUCGACAGCCAAGGAUUCUAUAUUCUUAAAGCAGCCGUUUUUAUCCCUCCCUGUUCGCUUUUUGAUGGUUUCGAGUGUUCUCCUACUUCCCCAGAGUAGUCAGGGUAAUUGGUCCACAUGGUGAAGUAGGCUGAUUCACUCUUUUUAUUCCACAUUGUAUUCAAUUAUAUUACCAUCUGUCCGUUACUGCUUUUCGGGUACAUUUUUUGUCGGUCUCAUAUGUUUAUGACUGGUUAGCAACUCUGAGAAAUAAACUCUCUUGGUGUUCUAGAACA